GUUUUUCACGAACGUUCUGGACAUGCUGAUGCCGGAGGGUAUGCCAAAGUUCGUGGUAGAGGUUGGCUCACUGCAUGGCCAUUCUGCCAUCCACAUGGCGACGGUCCUGGACGAAUUAAACAUGCCGCGAGUACCAAUCCUCUGCAUCGAUCCGUUCACUGGCGACACAAAUAUGUGGGCCAACUACCAGAAGGAUCGGAGCGUGGCUGGCUGGGUCAAAAUCAUCGACGGCCGGAUGAUGGUGUUUGACCAGUUCAUGGCCAAUGUUCAGUUCGCCGUGAAUCGAACUGUGUCACGCAAUCACAUUCUGCCAUUUCAGGCGACUUCGACAGUUGGAGCCAGGUGGUUAGUGGAGAAGGGCUUCUACCCGGACCUGAUAUUCCUGGAUUCAGCGCACGAGCUAGACGAAACCUUCCUGGAGCUGUCGCUCUACUACGACAUACUGGAGCCGGGUGGCAUUAUGUUUGGUGACGACUAUGGGUGGGCUGCUGUCAGACAGGACGUGGAAAAGUUCGUGGCGCACCACAACGCAAUGCGCGAAGCCGACCCUCCUGAGUUCAGGAUCGUUCGCGCUGAGCCAGGGUCGAGCCAUGUGCUUUGGAUGAUGCGAAAGCCGAAGCUUGAAAAGUGA